GGACGCGGACGUGACGUCAUAGUGUUUACAACGUACAAUUGACUCAUAGGCAAAUGUAAGCUACCAAAGUGACAUUAAUACAAUAUCUCUUUGUUUUCACGUAUUUACCGGCAGAGAUUGGUCGUGGUGGUCGUACUUCAAUGGGUGCUCACGGGGUUUUGGGGAACGAGCCUGACUCUAUUGACUACUCAGUGCACGAAGCCUGGAAUGAGGCCACCAAUGUCUACCUGCUGGUUAUCUUGGUCAGCUUCGGUCUGCUGAUGUACGCCAGGAAAAACAAGAGGAAGAUCAUGCGUAUCUUCACUCUGCCUCCCACCGUCGGCAGCAGUCCAGAGCCCAACUUCUACGACAGUCUGCAGAAGGUCCGCCUGCGGCAGCAGCUAGAGAUGUACUCUCUGGCCAGAAAAUUUGAGCAGCAACAACAAGGCCAGACAGACAGCGUGCAGCUCUCCAUGGAAUGAGAGCAGGUGGGCACUCAUCCCUCUCUGUGUGAGAAACACUCCUCCAUCUUCAAGUCGUUCAUACAUGGAUAGAAAAGGACUUGAAUGACCGUCAUGAUCAGAGAUAGUGAAAAAGACAUUACUCCUGUCCUGCUACUUUCUGUUUGGCUCCUCCAAUGAGACAUGUCUCCAUUCACCUUGUUGUCUCUUCUUUGUCUGAGCACAUGGAGCAGAUUCGGCCGGAUGGAUGAAUAAAAGCUAGGAACACUUAUGGGAGUGUGGCAUCUUGUAGAAGGAUAAAUCUGUACCUACAGCAGAUAUCACUGAAGUGUAUUCAGAGUGGCGUGAGACAGAAAGUCUCAAAUUUCUUGCACAUAAAACAAGAUCCUUCAAAUUUACAACAUAGCUUCUAGAUGUUUUUUACUUGUU